AUGCCUGAGAUCCCCCCACGUGCAAUCACUGUCUCCGCCGACCCUACCCUCGUCGACUCUUCUGGCAACAUAUCCCACAGGAAAGGGAAUGACAACUCAUCCGACACGGGAGCACCUCCUCCGUACCAACUUUCAGCCCAACAAGUCGCUUCAGAGCUCGAGGUGGACAUCGAGUCGGGCCUCGAAGACGCGCACGCUCAAGAGCGCCUACAAAGAUAUGGAACCAACGAGCUCGCGGGCGGCGAUGGCGUCAGUUGGGUACGGGUGCUGGUGUCGCAGAUUGUGAACGCGAUUAUGUUGGUGAUGAUCGCCUCGCUCGUGGUGUCGCUCGCUAUCAAAUCAUGGAUUGAGGGCGGCAUCAUCGGUGCGGUCAUCCUCGUCAACAUCGUCGUCGGGUUUAUGCAGCAGUACUCCGCCGAGCGCACCAUGGACUCUCUCCGAUCACUCGCGUCCCCGUCCGCAACAGUCAUUCGCAACACGCACAACGUCGUCAUCCCAUCUGUCCAGCUCGUCCCUGGUGACAUCGUGGUUCUCACAACUGGCGACGUCGUUCCAGCGGACCUCCGACUCUUCGACGCGAUGAACUUCGAAGCCGACGAGUCUCUCCUCACCGGCGAGUCCGUCCCCGUCUCAAAGCAGGCUAACGUCCGGUACGACACCGUCGUCCCCCUCGGUGACCGUCACAACAUGGCCUACUCCUCCAGCACCGUCACCAAGGGCCGCGCGCAGGGGAUCGUCACCGCGACCGGGAUGCGCACCGAGAUCGGCGCGAUCGCGGCGAGCCUGCAAGGCCAGGGCGAGACGCGCGUGCGCAAGGUUCGCGAGCGCGAGGAUGGGAAGAAGCUCUUCCAGUACUACGUCUCCGCGUACGCGCUCACCGUCACGGACAACAUCGGCCGGUUCUUGGGCGUGAACGUCGGGACGCCGCUGCAGCGGCGGAUGAGCCAGCUCGCGUGCGCGCUGUUCGGCAUCGCGGUGCUUUUCGCGAUCGUGGUGGUGGCGGCGAACAACUUCGUGAACGAACGGGUUGUGAUCAUCUACGCGGUGUCGACGGGACUCUGCAUGAUCCCCGUCUCUCUUGUGGUCGUCCUCACGCUCACGUUCGCUUUGAGCGCGAAGCGGAUGGCGGAGUACCACGUCAUCGUGCGCAAACUCGACUCGAUCGAAGCGCUCGGUGCGGUCAGCGACGUGUGCUCCGACAAGACAGGUACUCUCACGCGAGGCCGCAUGGUCGCACGGGUCGCCUGGGUGCCCACUGUUGGAAUGUGGACACUCAAGGAGUCUCGCGAUCCGUUCAACCCACACGACGGGAAGCUGACGUUCCACGAGGGGAACCCAGUCGAUCGCAUCAUUCCAGAGUCCGAGAGCAGCAUGUCUGCGGAUGGCAUGGAGAAGCUCCUCGAAUGCGCCGCGCUCUGCAACGUCGCGGCCAUCGCCAAAGAACACACUGAAGAAGGAAGCGACGAGAAAGAGGAGAAGUGGGCGGGGCGUGGGGACCCCACGGAGAUCGCCCUCCAGGUGUUCGCUCACAGAUUCGACCGCGGCCGGCCCUCGCUUGUGGCGCAGGGCCACGAACAGCUCGCCGAGUACCCGUUUUCUUCUGACCUCAAGCGCAUGACCGUCAUCUACCGCCGGCCCACGCAGAAGGAAGACGCGCCGCAAGAUGACCCGCCAGGGCGCGUCGCGCUCAUGAAGGGCGCGACGGAGCGCGUGCUCGACGCGUGCGUUUCCAUACACGCUCACGACGGCGCGCGCGCAAUCAAGGGCGCGGACCAGGACGUGGUGAUGCAGAACGCGGAGGCAAUGGCCGAGCAGGGGCUACGUGUGCUUGCGCUCGCGGGGCGUGAGUGGACGGGGCCCGCGGAGGGCGCCGAGCGCGCGGAGGUGGAGAAGGACAUGACGUUCUACGGGCUCAUCGGGAUCUAUGACCCUCCAAGGCCCGAGUCUGCGCCCGCGGUGGAGGACUGCAAGCGGGCGGGGAUCGUGGUGCACAUGCUCACGGGCGACCACCCGAGCACGGCGACUGCGAUUGCGCGCGAGAUCGGGAUCAUACCCCACGGCGACCUCGCGAAGCUUCCCAAGGGCACGGUGGUCGCCGCCUCCGAUUUCGACAGGCUCUCUGACGAGGAGGUGGACCAGAUGGAGGAGCUGCCGCGCGUCAUUGGGCGGUGCUCGCCCGAGACGAAGGUGCGGAUGAUCGAGGCGCUGCACAGGAGGAAACGGUUCGCCGCGAUGACCGGUGACGGUGUCAACGACAGCCCGAGCCUAUCGCGCGCAGACGUUGGCAUUGGGAUGGGGAGUGGAUCCGACGUUGCGAAGAAUGCGUCGGAUAUCGUUCUGUCAGACGACAACUUCGCCUCCAUCAUCGCCGCCAUUCGCGAGGGCCGCCGUUCGUACGACAACAUCAAGUCGUUCACCCUGCACCUCCUCGCGGGGAACGUCGCCCAGGCUAUCGUGCUACUGGUUGGCCUCGUGUUCAAGGACCAGGAGAACCUCUCCGUCUUCCCUCUCAGCCCCGUCGAGGUGCUCUGGGUGGUCGUCAUCAGCGCAGGGCCGCCCGCGAUGGGCCUCGGCAUGCAGGCCGCGACCGAGAACAUCAUGCGCCGCCCGCCCCACAACGCCCGCCGCGGCAUCCUCACCACCGAGGUCCUCGUCGACAUGGUCGCGUACGGGAUCAUCCUCGGCGCGCUCUCGCUCGCGUCCUUCGUCGCCGUCGUCUACGGCUUCGGCGACGGCGACCUCGGCGCGGGCGACUGCAACGAGUCGCGCGCGGGGUGCGAGGUCGUGUUCCGCGCGCGGGCGACGUGCUUCGCGACCGUCUGCACCCUCUUCCUCGUCCUCGCCUGGGAGAUGACGAACCUGCGGCGGAGCCUGUUCCGCGGGCGCCCGCGCGCGGCGACGACGGCGCCGUGGACGCAGUGGAUGAGGGACCUGUACGCGAACCGGGUGCUGUUCUGGUCGGUCGUGCUCGGGUUCUUUGCGACGUUCUUGGCGAUUUACAUCCCGGUCAUCAAUGACGUGGUGUUUUUGCACGCGCCGAUCAGUUGGGAGUGGAUCAUCGUGUUUGUGGCCAUGUUCGUGUUUCUGGUCUGCGCGGAGGGAUGGAAGCUUGCGAAGCGAAUUUACUACCGCCGCGAGGACAGGGAGUACAAGGAGAGCAUCGGAGAUGUCAAGAUUGCUGCCUGA